AGUUGCUCAGUCCCACUGUGGCGGCAGCAGUGCGCAUGAGGACCCACAUACUUUGCAGGUCCUUUGUUGCGGAAAUCGAAGAUGACUUAACCUCGACAGACUCUCAGCUGGCCAGGGAUGGCUGAAGAGUGAGAGACGCUCCCCUAACACCCGAGGACAUUCUGCCGAUGGAAGGUGGUCAUCUGCCCAUCCAACCUGCCCAAAAGACUGUCUCCCCUCCACCCUCAACUAAGAUGGCUUCCCAUGGCCUUCUCCUGCACUGGAAUGGACUGGAUCAGAGCUGCACCCUACCAUGGUGAUCAUAUUCUCAAAAACACUGGAAAAGAAGAAGGGUGUCGAUGAUGUAAGGUCCAAAGACACUGAAUUGCUGCUGCGUAAGCGCGGCACCAUGAGCAGAGGGACUACCCUCUUCUCCUGUGGCACUGUGGAGGCAGACAGGUGGCUAGACCUGCGCAGAGGCUGUGCCGUCCAGCCAGGGACCCCCUGCCAGUCCGGCGCCAGUCUGGAGAGCCUGUGGGACGUUCUGCCCGAUGAGUGUCAGCGGAGUAGCCGGGUCUGGGGCCGUGAGGUGGGCACCGCCACCGCCAUCACCAGCCUAAUUCGAGACCUCAACCUGGGCGAUGCCAAGCUGGCAGCCACCCAGUCCAUGGCCCUCGCCACCUCCACCUCAGCCGCCACGGCGCCCCCUAGCAAGCGCCAGUGCCGCUCACUCUCACUGUCCUUCUCCGAAGCGUUUGGGAGCUGCAAGUCGUCAUGGAGACCCCAGGGGUCGCGAGUGUGGACGGCGGUGGAGAAGAGGAGGUGCCACAGCGGGGGGAGUGUACAGCGCUGCUCUGGAGGAAGUGGAAUAGGAGGUGGUGGGGGGGUUCAUUUUCCUGCCAUCCAGCGGAGCUCCAGUUUCAGCCUGCCAUCCCGCUCCAACAACCCCACAGAAGGCACCCUGGAGCUUCCCUGCUUCAACCAGCACCUGCCUCUUCACCCCCUGUUCACUGCCUCCCCUACCUCCCCCUCCUACCACCACUCUCUCAGGCCCCUCUCCUUGUCCCAUGAGCAGAUCAGCCUGCCAGACCAACCCAGAGAGGGGGCCAGCUCACCGGACUGCAACCCACAGCUUGGGAGACGUGCUGGGCAGACAGCAGGGAGGACUGGGGGGCUGUCGCGGAGCAAGUCCCAGCCCUGCGUCCUGAACGAUAAGAAGAUCGGUAUGAAGCGCAGGAGACCAGAGGAUGCUCAGGAACCACGACCCUCCCUGGACCUGGCCAAGAUGACCCAGAGAGAAUUACUAGAAAGGAGGGAAUGUUGGGAACAGGUGUCACGGCAGAUUCCCUCCUCUUCGUCUGAAGAGGAGUAAGGAUCGGACCAAGAUGCAGCGUGAAACUCCAGACUUUCCACAGCUUGAGCUGCCCUGGGUUCUCUGGUCCGGACAGCUGUCAAUCAAACAUGCCCCCACCCUCCUCCAGGAGCUUGAGCCAAUCGGAAUCUUACUUCACCUGUGCACCUGACCUAGGUGCUGACACUCAACAGGAAGUGGAUGAGGAGGAGGAUGACUCUUCCUAUGAGGAGCUGGACAGUGACUCUGCGUGUAGCCUGGACUCUAGGCCCUGGUCCCCAUGCAGGGAAGGGGGGGAGAGAAUGGGAGAGGGACACCCCCUCUGGAAGAGUGAGUGUGGGACAGAGACGGACAUCUACCAGCUGGGGGGAGAGCUGGACAUCGACCAGAUCGAGAGGAACUGAACGGAACCUGAAGCCUUUGGAUAAAGGAUUGUCGUAACCUUUAGUGAAUUUUGCAGAAAGACGGAGAAUUUAGAACUUCAUGACCACGCGAAGGAUGCCUUACGUAUGAUAGGGGGAUAUUGAGCGGAUUGAAAGGAACUUUGCGAGUUUGGACAGAGUUGUUUUUGGAACAUUACAAGGAUGUUUGCGAAUAAUGUGGGAGGCAAGGGAUGUUGUACUGUAUGUGAUGUCAAUGAAGGACAAAGCACGUGAAACUGUUGAUAGAAAGUGUUGCAUGUGAACUUUGGUAGAACUUUGAGGUCCUGCGGGACAAACAGUUGUUUUGAACUGUCUCGUUGUCUUUCUGAAUUUAAAGGCAGUUGCUUUCGCUUGGUGACAUGCAGCCUAACUCUGGAGUGGGGAUCGAGGGAUAGUCUUUAACACCUCCAAAAACUCCUCUCUCCUCUAAAAUUUAGUACCUCCUUAUACAACUGGACAGAACUAACGGCAAGGUUUUAGUACUGUAGCAUUUGCAGCAGGAGUAUGUUACAACUUCUGCUUUUCUCUACCAGACUAGGGGGACAUGAUGGCCUGAGAGAGAGGGAUGAAGUAGAGCAGGAGAGAAACUGUUAUUUUCAUAUAUACCUCCCCUUGACCCUUUUCUUCAACUAUUCUUACAGGAAGAAUGUCCCCUGCUGAAUUCCAAGUUAACCCCUAUACCAUAGGCACUCCUGUAGAUCUGAAAGAAUGAAAGUACCAGUAUUACGUUCCUUCUGAUUGGCUGUGUGGAGUUUUCACUAUAUAUGCUUACAUCUAUCCAAGACUUUCAGGUCUUCAGGAGUACCUAGGGGAUAGGGGUCAAUUUGGAAUUCAUAAAGUAUUCACACAUCCUCGCUGAAUGUAAAUAAGCUUUAAGGGGUUUGGAAAUAUCUGCCGAUUUGUUCGGUCAGAUACAAGUCCUUUUCACCUCAGAAAUCCCAGCUCGAAACAAACCUUUCUGACUUUUUAUAGAUUCUAAUAUGCAAAAUGUAUAUUUGAAUAAACACAGAAUUUUAAGUCUUCAGUUCUAAUAUCAAUGUAUAUUUUUCUAAAUGUAUGUUUUUAUUAUCUGUUUGCGAAGGAUCAGGAAUAAGAGACCCUACUUUAACAGGACAGACAUGAAAUAAAAACGCAAACUGCCGUGGU